AUGCAAGAGAAACAUGAUCAAGCAUUCGUACAAUUUCAAGAAGCAUUAACAAUCUUGGAGAAAUAUUAUAAUUGUUGUCAUGUUGAUAUUGCCAAGUGUCUAGUUUCUAUUGGACUCUGUGUUCGUGAGCAAGGAAAUCUCGAUAAAGCUCUCGGCUUUUAUCGACGUUCAAUAGCAAUCUACGAAAAAUAUUAUCCUUUCGGUCAUGUAUACAUUACAUUGGCACUCAACGACAUGGCAAAUAUUCUUUGUCGACAAGAUAAAUAUGAUGAAGCUAUUGACAUUCAUCAUCGAGCAGUAAAAAUGGAAAAGAAACGUUAUCCAGUUGAUCAUAUGAUUACUGCUUACAAUCUUUGUACUAUUGGUAAUAUUAAUUAUGGACAAGAAAAUUAUAAUUAUGCUUUAGAAUUCUAUCAGCAUUCAUUCACAAUAUUGAAACAAUAUUUGUUUUAUGGUCAUAUUGAACUUAACUAUCUUCUGCAUAACAUUGGUGAUACUCUUUGUAGAUUAGGACACCUUGAUAAUGCCAUGAACUUUCAUCGACAAGUACUUACUUUGCAAGAGAAGUAUUAUCCAUCAUUUCAAGCCGCCAUAGCAUACACCUUUAAUCGCAUCGGACACAUACUCAGUGAUGAAGCAAAAUAUGAAGAAGCUUUAUAUUAUUAUAAACAAGCAUUAAUGAUGCAAAACAACUACUAUCCUUUGGGUCAUGUGAAUAUAGCUUUUACAUUUCAAAAUAUAGGUAAUGUAUUAUCUCUACAAGAAAAAUAUGAUGAAGCUUUGGAAUCCUAUCGACAAGCAUUUUCGAUGCUCGAAAAAUACUGUAUAUAUCCUAGUAGUGACAUUGCUGAUAAUUUGAUUGGUAUCGGUCAUAUUCUAAUUAAUCAAGAAAAGUUCGAUGAAGCUAUGGACUCCUAUCAAAGAGCAUUAGACAUUCUAAAGAGUUAUUAUCAUUCUGAUCAUCCUAACAUUGCUAGUAUAUUUACCAAUAUUGGUAAUGUAUUUCGUCGACAGGAAAAGUUCGAUGAAGCCAUGAAAUAUCAUAAAAAAGCAUUAGAAAUUUAUGAGAAAAAUUAUCCUUCAGGACAUAUCAGAGUUGCUAUAACACUUACAUAUAUCGCUUUUGUACUAGAGAAUGAAAAAAAGUAUGAUGAAGCAUUGGAUUUCUUGCAACAAGUGCAUUCAUUACUUCUAAGACUUGGAAAGUAUUAUCCUUCAGAACAAUUACAAAUUGCUCAAAACCUAAGCAAUAUGAGUGUCAUUCUAUGUUCACAAGAUAAACAAGAACAAGCUCUUGAAUAUCGACAACGUGAACUAUCAAUCAGAGAAAAAUUCUUACCAUCUGAUCAUCCCGAUAUUGUCACUAGUUGUAUAGAAAUGAGUCGUAUUUUGUAUAAUCAAGGUAAAUAUGCCGAUGCUGUUAAAUUUCAACAACGAGCUCUAGCAAUUCAAGGAAAACGUUAUCCAUUGAAUCGUAUGAGAAUAGUUGAACAAUUGACUGAUAUUGCUAAUAUUUUCAUCGAUCAAGAAAAAUACAAUGAAGCUCUUGAUUUUUAUCAACGAACAUUAUAUAUUCGAGAAACAUUUUAUCCAGAUGAUCACGAUGGCAUUGUCAUUCUUCUUUGUAACAUUAGUAAUACAUUUAGUCGGCAAAGAAAAUAUGAUGAUGCACUCGAUUUUCAAAAGCGAGCAUUCAAAAUACGAGAAGUUCAUUAUCCAUCAAGUCAUCCGUACAUUCUUUAUAAUCUCAACAAUAUUGGUAAUAUCCUUCGAGACCAAGAGAAGUAUAAUGAAGCUCUUGAACAUUAUCGACAAGUACUUGCUAUGUGUCAAGAAUUUUAUUCAUCCAAUCAUAAUGAUAUUAUUGUUUGUCUUAGUAAUAUUGCUGAUGUACUUAAUGAUCAAGGAAAAUACUCUGAAGCACUUGUCUGUCGACAACGAAUAUUAGCGAUAAGAGAAGAACAUUGUUCAUCAAAUCAUGAUCAAAUUGCAAGUGAUCUUACAAACAUCGGUCAUCUUCAAAUACGUCUAAAAGACUAUGAUAAAGCUCUCGAAGUCUAUCAACAAGCACUCUCUAUCAGAGAACAAUAUUGUUCAUCUGAUCAAGUUGAAAUUGCCAAUAGUCUACAAGAGAUCAGCUAUGUUCUACAAGUACAAACAAAGUAUGAUGAAGCUCUUGAUCUGGAACAAAAAAUAUUGAAAAUCUAUGAGACAUUGUAUCCAGAUGGUCAUGCUAAUACGAUUUCGUGUCUUAAUCGUAUGUCAAAUAUUUUAUGUGAACAAAAACAAUACGAUAAAGCAUUCGAACUUCAACAACAAGCAUUAGAAAUCAGUGAAAAAUGUUCUACAUACAGUCAUACAAGUAUUGGUAGAACUUUCGGUUAUAUGGGUAACACAAUGUAUAUGCAAGCUAGAUAUGAUGAAUCCAUUGACUUUUAUCAAAAAGCUUUGAUACACUACAAAAAGGAUUAUCCUUCUGAUUAUGCAGAUAUGGCCACUGUAUUACUUAAUAUGAGUGCAGUUUUCAAAGCACGAUUAGAAUACGACGAAGCUCUGGAUAUGCAACAUCAAGCAUUAGAGAUUCGGAAGGAACAUCGACCAUUUGAUCAUUUCAUGAUUGCCAAAAAUUUGAUAGAAAUAGGUGAUGUACACUAUCAACAAGAAGAGUAUGAUGAUGCUCUUAAUUUUUAUCAACAAGCACUAUCUAUAUUUGAAGAAUAUCAUCCUAUGCAUCAUAUUGAAAUAGCUAAUUGUCUACGAGAGAUCGCAGAUAUUUGGAAUACAAAGACUGAUGUUGAUCGUGCUAUUGAAUAUUGCAAAAGAUGUCUAUGUAUUAGAGAAUGGAGUUUAUCUAAAAAUGAUCCUAUGAUUGCUGACACUCUAAUCUAUAUGAGUCAACUUCAAAGAAAUGGAAAUUACCAUGAACUUUCCUUGACAUAUGAAAUGAAUGGCUGUUUAAUGCGUAUGAAAGUUUUACCACCAGAUCAUGUAGAGAUUGGUGAUAGUUUUUUUCGAAUUGGUCAAAGUUAUGAGCAUCUCAAUAAACCAAAAUUAGCACUCGAUUAUUACAAACAAGCAUUAGCUAUCUACGAAAAAUGUUUACCCUCUUGGCAUGAACAUCGAAUGGAUAUAGAAGCCAGUGUAGAACGAUUGUCAAACUAA